AUCCCGAUCUCGGCCGUGCCGGGCAGUGCCGGGAGAGUCGAUCCCGAUGGUGCCGGACUGUGCCGCAGGCUCCGAUCCCGAUCCCGGCCGUGCCGGGCGGUGCCGGCUCCGCCGCUCCGAUCCGGGUUCCCGGCGGAGGCGGAGCCGCGCAGGGAGGAUCCCGGGACGAGCCGUGGCGGAGCGGCCAUCGCUCGGCACCACCCGGCUCAGCUCGGCCCGGCCCGGUGCAGCGCGAACGGACCGGGGCGGGGGCAGCACCGGGAGGGUGUCCCGGGGCCGGGCUGUCCCCGCGCGGGGCCGUGCCGCGGUGGGCAGCCCCCGGCCCCGCCGUGCCGCGGUGCCGGCCCGGACCCCCCGGCAGCGAUGGCCGCCCGCAUCCUGCACCGGCUGCGGCACGCGCUGGCGGGCGAGGGCGGCCGGGAGGAGCCGGCGGGCGGCGGCGGCGAGGCUGAGGAUUGCCCGGAGAGCUCGGAGCUGGAGGACGACACCGAGGGGUUGUCGACGCGCCUCAGCGGCACCCUGAGUUUCACCAGCCACGAAGACGAGGAGGAAGAGGAGGAGGGGGACGGAGCUAGCGAGGAGCUGGAGGAGCCGCCGCAGGCGCCGGGGACGGCAGCAGGCACGGAGGACGGAGGCAGGUGCUGGGGUGAGUGGGUCUCUGCGGCGGAGCGUCCCGGCAGCAGCCUGCUGACCCGGCAGCUGCAGGAGCUGUGGCGGAGGUCGCGGGGCAGCGUGGCACCGCAGCGGCUGCUCUUCGAGGUCACCAGCGCCAGCGUGGUCAGCGAGCGCUCUUCCAAGUACGUGCUCUACACCAUCUACCUGAUCCGCUCUGGCCAGUUUGACAAGGCCCCUGCCACCAUCGCCCGGCGCUACUCAGACUUCGAGCAGCUGAACCGCCGCCUGCGCUGCCGCUUCAGCUGCGACAUGGCCGGCGUCGCCUUCCCUAGGAAGAGACUGCGCCGGAACUUCACUGCUGAGACCAUUGCCAAGCGGAGCCGAGCCUUCGAACAGUUCUUGUCCCAUCUGCACUCCAUCGACGAGAUCCGCCGCUCUCCUGAGUUCCUCGAGUUCUUCUUCCUACCGGACCUGCAGGCCGCACAGCGCCUGACCUGCACCGGCAUGUACCGCGAGGCCCUGGCCACCUGGGCCAAUGCCUACCGGCUGCAGGACCGGCUGGGGGUCUGCAGCUCCGGCCGCUUCCUGCUGACACUGGCUGGACUGGCCGUCUGCCACCAGGAGCUGGACCAGCUCAGUGAGGCCCAUGGCUACUGUGAGCAGGCGCUGCAGCUGCUGGAGGCCCAGGGCAGCCACCCACUCCUGGGACCCUUCCUGCAGGCCCACGUCCACCUGGCCUGGAAGGUGGGCAAGGACAAGCGGCGCUCGGAGGCCCGGCUGCAGGACCUGCGGGAAGCUGGGUUGCCCCUGCAGCAGCAACCUUCUCUGAAGGAAUGCCUGAUCAAGGAACCUCUGGAAUAAGCCACCUGUGCCCACAUGGGUGAGAGGGCAAGGGCUGUGGGGGGCUCAUGCCUGUGGCAGCUGGGAACAGUAAGGGCAAUGCCGUGGGUGGCAAUAGGGCAGAGGAGCAGCACUGCAGUCCCACGGGCAGCACAGCCCAUGCCUGGAGCUGCCUCCUGAAUGCACUUUCUCUGUGGUUAGUCUGUCUUGCUGGGCUGGGGACUCAGGGGGGUCCACCACCCACAUGGGUGCUGCCAGAAGCUGCUCCCCCUCUCCUGGGGAUCCUGGAGUGGCUGAGACUUUAGCUGGGACGUACUGGCACCUUGCAAGGGAACGGGAAAGCUUCUGGCAGGGUCCAGGGCUCUUGCCGGGAACUUCCCAUGAAACUUACACAAUAGAAAGGACUUUAUUAAAUAAAGUCUUGGCAGGAAGAAGAGCAA